AUGUGCCCCCUCCCACCACCCAUGGUUGUAAUAGUCCAGCUGCAUCAUUACCUAGCUCACACACUGAGAGCCAAUGGACUGAGGAGGAUUGACAAGUCUAUCAAAUGUAAAAGACUCGAGGAGCAGCUUGUGAUUACCUAUGAACACUGUGGACCUAAGAAAGAGCUGUUGAACAAGAGGGCAGACAAGGCGGUUCUCAAUGUGGGGUACGUGUCCCACUAUGAGGGCACAGGUGACUUCUGUUCCUACACUGCAGGAUAA